ACUGAGUAAUAGGGUCAUCUCUCUUUGUUCUGUGAACAGUAUUAAGUGAGAUGGACGACAGCAUGCCUGUAGUUAGCAAGAUGUAUUGCUCAAGCACUCCAGCUGUGCUGAUGAUCAGGAGGAGACCCAUGGUAGUGAAUGGUGGUGGCUUUGUUGUUACUGACCUAAGCCAUAAUGUUGUUUUCAUUGUGGAUGGUUGUGGUAUACUUGGAUCUAAGGGGGAGCUCAUGGUGAAAGACAGUGAUGGAGAACAAAUACUGUUCAUUUCUAGAAAGGGAGGAAUUGUCCAAGCUCUAAGCACUCGGAACAAAUGGAACGGGUACUCAAUGGACUAUCAAGGGAAAAACAAGUUGGUCUUUAGCCUAACUGAUCCAAAAUCAUGCAUAGCAAAGGAUAGAAACUGCAGAAUAAUUGAUUGCACUGGCAAAAUAGUUGCACAGUGGUUCUGCUUAUUGUUCUACGCGUGUAUGCAGAUGGGGAAGAAAGAGCUGAUAGGGAGCAAUGACUUCUACCACGUGACAGUGCAGUCAGGAUGCGACCAGGCUUUUAUCAUUGGGGUGAUGGCAGUUCUUGACAACAUCUAUGGAGAAUCCACCAGAUGCUAA